AUGGAGGAACUGGCCCGGGAGAGCAUACGCAGCAUCAGUCUGCUAUCCAGACCUGCGCGGGGUUCGGACGUCCCGCGACUCGGAUCUUUUGGGGCCAUUUUCAUCAUGCUUAAAUCAGCCCUCGGCGCGGGACUCCUUAACUUUCCAUGGGCUUUUGAGAAAGCUGGCGGCGUGAACACAGCCAUCAGUGUGGAGAUGGUAUCCCUGGUUUUUCUCAUAAGUGGGUUGGUCAUUCUUGGCUAUGCCUCAUCAAUCAGUCGGCAGAACACGUAUCAUGAUGUGGUACGAGAGGUGUGUGGACAGAGGAUUGGUCAUCUAUGUGAGAUCUGCUUUGUUUUCAACCUCUUCAUGAUCUCUGUGGCCUUUUUGGUGGUUGUGCAGGAUCAACUAGAUAAGUUGUGUCUGUCUCUGUAUGAGACAGUGACAGGAAAUACAGAAGGAGAGAUGCCAUAUCACUGGUACACAGAUCACCGCUUUGCACUCUUUGUCAUGUGCCUCAUUAUCAUCCUUCCACUCUCUAUACCCAAAGAGAUCGGCAUCCAGAAAUACACCAGUGUAUUGGGAACUUUGGCUGCUACAUAUCUGGGUGUAGCCGUAAUUGCAAAAUAUUAUCUAAAAGAUGAGCACACAGCAGACCUCACACCAAAACACAGUGAAGGGUUGGACUCGUGGGCCUCCAUGUUCAGUGUGGUUCCUACUAUCUGUUUUGGUUUCCAGUGUCACGAAGCUUGUAUUGCUAUAUACAGCAGCAUGGAAAACAAAAAGAUCACACACUGGGUUUUCAUCUCAGUCACGUCUAUGAUCUUCUGCCUGCUUAUUUAUACUCUCACGGGUGUGUUUGGUUUUCUUACAUUUGGACGGGAAGUAGCCUCAGAUAUCCUGAUGUCAUAUCCUGGAAAUGAUGUAGUGAUGAUCAUUGCAAGGCUGCUGUUUGGGAUUUCGAUCAUCACCAUCUAUCCUAUAAUACUACUGCUGGGAAGGUCAGUGAUUCUAACACAAAUAUUGCGCUUUUGGGAACGACGGGCCAUAAUUACAUCUGUGUUUGAGAGCCGGUGCCGUCUCAUUCUAACAGUUCUCUGGAUCGCUGUGACUCUUCUCAUCGCCAUCUAUGUACCAGAUAUGAGUGAGGUCAUCAGCGUCAUCGGGGGAAUUAGUGCCUUCUUCAUAUUUAUCUUUCCUGGGCUGUGCCUCAUUUUUGCCAUGCAGACAGAACCUAUAAAUCACAGGAUAAGAGCCAUCUUGACAGUGUGGGGUGUGGUGACUGUCGUUACCGGAGCUUUUAUCUUUGGCCAGAGCACAACUAUAGCUGUUAUGGAGCUGGCGCACAAAUUUUAAUCUUCGUCAUUGCCAUCAUCAUUUGAAAUAUUAUUGUCUUGACGAAAUGUGUUUGUAUAUUUGAUUGGUGAUUGUUAAACACUAUGAUAACUGAAACUGAGGAAUAAUAGAAACUACUUAAUUUUUUAAGAAGAAAAUGUGCCACAGUGCCUCAUGCUUGUAUUGCUGUUACUGCUCAGUUGGAUAUAUUGUAUCAAAAAUGUGUGCGAGGAUUUUUGUUUAUAUAUUUAUUAUAUUGUGUAGGUUUAGACAAGAACAAUACAUUUAUUUAAAUGAGUUAUAUGGAAUGAAUAUUGAAGUACACUACCAGUCAAAGUUUUUGGACAAUAAGAUUUUUAAUGUUUUUUUUAUUUACCAAGCCUGCAUUUAUUUAAUCUGAAGUACA